AUGCUGCUCUUGCUGCCUGCCCUCUGUAUGCUAGUCUGUCUGCUAAUAGGUAGACGAAACCCUCGCUGCCUUCUGCGACUGUCAGUCUACGCCUCUCUCUGCUAAUAGCUAGGUGUUACGGUGCUUGGCACUUGAAUGGUGCCCUCACUUGUCUCUGACUGAUGACUGUGUCCGAUUGUCCACCCUAGCUAGCUGAAAGUCCCAUAGCGUUAGGAUGUAUGCUCUCUCCUACUUCACUCCCUCACAUCACCAUCACCACCAAGGUCCCAGGCUAAUUCGGGUCGUUCUCUCACUAACAAAAAGUCGUGGCCCAUAGUCGAGUCCGGCAGCCGUCUGGGAUAACCGGGCAGCCCAGUUCAGGGAUGCGUUGCCUGCCCCCGCGAGGGGGAGGGGGCUAGAAAAGGUGCCCUAAAGAUCGCUGGGAACCACGCUGUCUGUAGGCUGGCCGUGGCCGCAGACAAAAAACACACGGUCGAAACAGCCAAAACCGAAACAACAACAACAACCACUCUCUUCCUCUUCCAGCCUAUUCUUCUUCUUCUUCUUCUCCUAAUCCUACUUUUCGCCGCCGCAGUCGCCAGACUGGCAGGGUGAGCCCGCUCACUCUGGCAGCCUGGAAUGUUCGUUCUCUUUUAGACAAUCCGAGGAGCAACCGACUGGAACGGAGGACGGCGCAAGUGGCACGAGAACUGGCGCGCUACAAGGUGGACAUCGCCGCACUCAGCGAGACCCGAUUCUCCGAACAAGGCCAACUGGAGGAUGUGGGUGCCGGUUACACCUUCUUCUGGAGCGGUCGACCCAGGGCAGAGCGACGAGACGCGGGUGUCGCCUUCGCCAUUCGGAACGACAUCGUGGGACGACUGCCCUGUUUGCCGCAGGGCAUCAACGAUCGCCUGAUGAACCUCCGCCUGCCUCUCCGGCGAGGAGGCAAAUUCGCCACCAUCAUCAGCGCCUACGCACCGACGAUGACCAACCCCGACGCCGCCGCAAGAGACAAAUUCUAUGAGGACCUGCACGCCCUCUUGGCGACUGUGUCGAAGGCGGACAAGUUGAUUGUCCUUGGUGACUUCAACGCCCGCGUCGGCACAGACCAUACUGCCUGGAGAGGAGUGCUGGGUCCCCACGCUCUCCGCGGCUCCAACGACAAUGGUCUGCUGCUUCUCCGCACCUGCACAGAACACCGCCUCAUCCUGACGAACACGUUCUUCUGUCUGCCGGAGCGAGAGAAGGCCACCCGGAGGCAUCCUCGGUCGCGUCAGUGGCACCUGCUGGACUAUGUCCACGUCCUGGAGGCGAGAUCAGCGGGAUGA